CUGCCCGCCCGCGCCGUCCGUGCUCGGAGCGCGGCGGCGGCGGCAGCAGCGGGAGCCCCCGGCGAUGCCCGCGCUGCUCCCGCCGCUGGCCGCCCCCUGAAGACACCCCUCUCUAUUUGCCCCCCUUCUCCAGCGACCUCAGGCUCUUUCCCCCCUUUUCCCCUUCCCCCCCUCCCCUUUAUUCCCUCCCCCCCGCCUCUUUAUCCUCCUUCCUUGCGACCCUCCGCACCCGCCCGGCUGCCGUGUGGAUGCGGGCCGGGGUGCCUGGCUGCGCGGGCGGCGAGAGCCGAUGCUGAGGGGCCGGAGGAGGAUGGAGUGCACCCUCGAUGCGCAGAGUUUGAUCAGUAUUUCCCUGCGGAAGAUCCACAGCUCCCGCACGCAGCGAGGCGGCAUCAAGCUCCACAAGAACCUGCUCGUCUCCUAUGUGCUCCGCAACGCCCGGCAGCUCUACCUGAGCGAGCGCUACGCCGAGCUCUACCGCCGCCAGCAGCACUACCCCGACGGCGCCCCGCUCCUCGCCAUGCCCGCCUGCCCGCCGCCCGCCGCCGCCGCCCCGCCGGAGCUGGCGGCGCUCCCGCUGCCCGCCGACACGCAGGACCGCGAGGCGCGGAGCUGCGGGGCUGCGCGGGGCGGCGCGGAGCUGCUGGAGGUGCCGGUGUGCGCCGUGCCCCCGGAGAUGCAGCGAGCGCCCUGCAGAGACUCGUCCCCGGGCUUCUACCGGGCCGCCGGCAGCGCCGGUCCCGGCGGCGGGGGCAGCAGCGCGGCCCCGGGGCUGCUCUACGCCGCCGGCUGUGACUUCGGGAGCGGCGGGGCCCCGCACUGUAGCAGCCGCACCACGGUGCUGGAUUUGGACACUCACGUCGUGACCACGGUGGAGAACGGGUACUUGCACCAGGACUGCUGCUCGCAGUGCCCCUGCUGCUGCCAGCCGGCACCGGGGCUCGCCUCCCCGCCGCCCGCGCCCGGCACCAAGCGCAAGUAUUACCCGGGGCAGGAGGAGGAAGAGGAGGGGGUGGAGGAAGGGGAGCCGGGGGGAGGCGGGGUGGCGGGCGGCCCCCCCUUCGCCCCGUGCACCAAACGCGCCCGCUUCGAGGAGUACAGCGCCGAGCACCCCCAGGACUCUUCCAACAUCUCCAACUUGAUCUCCAUCUUCGGCUCCGGUUUCACGGGGCUGGUGAGCCGGCAGCAGGCGGACUCGGAGCAGCCCCUCAACGGGCAGCUGUGCAGCAAGCAGGCGCUGGCGAGCCUGGGAGCCUGGACUCGGGCCAUCGUCGCGUUUUAGAGAGAAGUGGGGGAGCAGAAGGGGUGCGGGGGGGCUGUUGACAAAACGGGGGUGCGAUCCGAGGGACGGCGGCUCCGGAGGGGGGACCCUGAAACAAAGGCAGGGAGGGGGGUUGGGGCGAGGGGAGGGGGGUGCCGAGGGGUGCGCAGGGGAGGCGGGGGGGCAGAGCCGCGCUAGUGUUUUAUAAAUUGUACAAUAAAGAAAAAAAAAAUCUAAGAUCUUGGGACUUUAUUUUUGCAGAGAUGAGAGAGAAAAAAAAAACAACAACAAAAAACAAGCAAACAAACGAAAACAAAACAAACAAACAACAAAAAAAAAACAACAAC